GCUGUUGUUGUUGCCUUUCCUCCCCCUUUCGCUGCCCCUGUGAGAUGCAGAUAGAUGCCUGGAAGUGAUUAAAUGUCGGCUUAAAUUUUUGCGAAGCGCUCUGCUUCCGAAUCUGGAAAAAAAAAAAACCAACUAGGGGGAAAAAAAAGGCAAUAAUAUUUUGGAUGUGAUGUCAGGAGUACUUUUGCUGUCAACAGCCAAGCAAAGCUAGUAUGAAUCUUUCAUUUGUGCAUUGGAUGCCUUAACACGUAAUGUUUUGUAGCUAUCUAGUACAGGUAGCUAUCCAGUCGAAGCUUGGAGGAAAGCUUUAAAGUAGAUGUUGUUCACAGAGGCUUUGCUUUAAAUGUUUGUUAACAAAUUUUCUGGUUUGCUGCCAAACUCUCGAUUCAUUUGUGUCACACUGUGAUGCUGUGUGUGCUGUAUAACUCUUAUGCUAUGUUUAUUUGGACCACAUAUAAGAGAAAGAUGAAAAGGUGAUGUGUGAAUCUUGUGUUUUGACAGUUGAGGAAAGCAGCUUUAGAGACUGGUCAGUAUAUGUGAAAGAGUGCAGGAACAAGGGGGGUAAAAAUAAAAAAUAAUGAUUUGGGAUAAACAGGCAUCUUUUGGAGUGUUAGUUUAAAAGAUCUCAUAGACAGCUGUAAAGGUGGUAGCAAUACAGUGCUUAUGUACGUUAAACUUACUUUUUCUGGAAACGUGUUAAAUGAGUUGCUUUUCUUUCCUUGUAGUAAGAGGCCAGGAUGAGUUAUGCAGAAAAACCUGAUGAAAUCACAAAAGAUGAAUGGAUGGAAAAACUUAAUAACUUGCACAUUCAGAGAGCAGACAUGAACCGCCUUAUCAUGAACUACCUUGUUACAGAGGGAUUUAAAGAGGCAGCAGAGAAAUUUCGAAUGGAGUCUGGAAUUGAACCCAGUGUUGAUCUGGAGACCCUGGAUGAAAGAAUAAAAAUUCGAGAAAUGAUAUUGAAAGGACAGAUUCAAGAAGCCAUUGCAUUAAUAAACAGUCUCCAUCCAGAACUGUUAGAUACAAACAGAUAUCUUUAUUUUCAUUUGCAGCAGCAGCAUUUGAUUGAACUGAUUCGGCAGCGUGAGACAGAAGCAGCUCUGGAAUUUGCUCAGACCCAGUUAGCAGAACAAGGAGAGGAGAGCAGAGAAUGCCUGACAGAAAUGGAGCGUACGCUGGCUUUGCUUGCCUUUGAUAAUCCUGAAGAGUCGCCAUUUGGAGACUUGCUUAACAUGAUGCAACGACAGAAGGUAUGGAGUGAGGUGAACCAAGCUGUCCUAGACUAUGAAAAUCGUGAAUCAACACCCAAGUUGGCAAAGUUACUGAAGCUACUACUGUGGGCUCAGAAUGAGCUGGACCAGAAGAAAGUGAAAUAUCCCAAAAUGACAGACCUCAGCAAGGGGACAAUUGAAGAACCUAAGUAAAAUGUGUGCAGAUGGACAUCAAAUAAUCUUAGUACUGCACAGUAUACAUUUAUAUCAGUCUGUGACUGAAAUAUUUUUACUACAGUACAGCACUCAAUUCAGAUUUUUCAAUGAACAUCUAAUUUGAAGGGAGAAAAGUCCCUUUUGAAUGCUGCAAAAACUGCAUUGAAAGGCGCUGUAUCUCUUUGAAAGUCUGACUUAGGCUAUGCACUAUAAUACAUUUUUAAAAAACAAUUAAACAGGAAAGGAAACAUAGCAUUUUUAAAAGUACAGAACUCAAGGUUUCUAAUUGGCUACUGAUGCCUAGUUUAGUGGCCAGUGAGUUAAUAUGGAGUUAUAUUGGCAACUCUUCAGUUAAGUUUAACUGUCUCCUCUUUGAAAUGUGUAUAUAGAACAGUGAAUAUUUUCUACCUUUAAGUUAUAGCCACAUAUACAUUCCCCUUGAAAGUAACUGGUCAAGUUUUCAUCUAUAAACUUUGCAGUAAGGUCAACCUUUUGCCUUGGAAAUAGUGUACAAACUUGUAAAUCAUAAUUUAAGGAUUUUUUUUUUUCCUUGUUUCUGACUUUUUGGUGCUUUAUAUGGUGAGAGCUAUGUUCAUAAUGGAUCAGUGACCCAUCUUUUCACAAGUAGUAUUGUUGGAAAUAAGUUUUCUCUUAGUUUUUGUGAAUGACCAAAAUGGCCCCCCGAGGCAGUUAAGAGUUUUUGUUAAAAGGGGCUUUCCCCCUAUGUUAAACUUGCAGCUGUAGACACUGCAGUGAUUCCAGCAGAUUAUCAAAGCUUUGAAGACCGCUGGGUUUUUGUAAGCUGAAAACACGUACUUGUGUUAGGAAGUGAAGUUGGCGGGGGAAGUAUGCUCGUUGAGGCCUCUGAUCCAUCAUCUUGUGCAGGUUCUGCCUUUAUGCUUGCUGGAUGAGAGUCUUAGUUUUAGGGCUACUUAGGGCUAUUUUUAUGCCUUGAGCUGAGCUGUUUUUAAAAAAUGAAAUUUCCAUUUUCCCAAUUCUUCCAUACCUUUCUGAAGAGAUGCAGUUCAUCUUCACCUGUAUUUGUUUACUGACUGUCCUCACUCCAGUUAGGAUUAUAGUUUUAAUGUUUUACAUUUGAAGUCCAGACUUUCAAGUCAACAAAUUGUAGUCUUCUGGGUAUGGGAUGUUCUGGUUGACUUAAUUUUGCAGCACUGUAUACUGGUAUAUCCAGUAGUAAUAAGCACUAAUUUUGCCGCAUCAAUUUCUAGAUUUUUAAGCCCAUAUAUCGAGUUAUUGUACAGACUUGCUGAGCAAAGACCAGUCUGAUGGAUGAAAUAGCUUAACAUCACAAUACGCUGGCAGUUGUCAUACCAGUCCCAUACUGUACAUAAUCUAGUCUUGUAUGUUAGGUAUUUCCCUGUAGAACGAAACUUAGUUUUUACUUAAUUUUACUGGAAUACUUAUGCAUUAAACUGUAUAAAGCUUUGCGGAUACGUCUGACUUACGGAAACUAACAAAACCUGUUACUGAUUGCAUUACUGUGAACACUGUUUACUUGUGUAGUUCUUUUUUGUGGAGGAGGGAAACCAUUGUUUGUUAAGCAGCUAUUAGAGAUGCAGAGCACCAAGGUUAAGCUAGAUGAUGGGUAUAACAAAAUGAUUUUUGAUUUGUUUCCAUUUAUUACUGAUGGUUUUGUUCUACGUUGGAGGCUUUUGUGGUAUGCAGGUCUUAAAGUUCAUACAUAACUAACAAGCUAUCAGUUCCCCCCGCCUACGACAGUAAUCUGGCUUCACCCAGACUGAUUAUUCUGACGCUUACCAAACUGUUAACUGUUGGAUUUUUUUUCUUUCUUUUUUUCCCGUCGAUUGCUGUCUAAGAACCAUGUAUAACUUUUAGUUUGUGAUAAACUGUAUGGUUAAUGUAACUUUGUUUAAUAACAAACUGCAGAAACAAAACUGGAAUAGCUCUAAUUUCUUCGUGUAUAACUGAUCAGCUUUUCCUCUAUUCUGACACUUGUGUGCUAAGUCUCAUCUAAAGCUUCUCCCGGAUGAAGUGGAAAGCGGUGCGUUUUUGUGGCAUGACUAGCAUUUUUCUCCAUGAGAAAUGCAGUAUUACAGUCCUGGUUGAGAAGUUCACUGUACUUCUAGAACGCUACCUUAAUUUCAUAUAGUAUUUGGGCAAAGAUUGUGCAUAGAUUACUUGAAUUUUCACUAGCUUGGUUUUUUUUUCCCAUUUAAAAAUAAACAUGUUUUUUAAGGGGUUUAAUACGAAACUAGUAUAAACUAUCUCACUUUGUUUUUAUGAACAUGCCACAUUGAUAAGCAGCUUUAAUCUGUAAAGUUUUUGGUAACUGCAAGAAAAUAUUCGAAAGCUAUGCAUUUUAGAGGAAGCAUAAAGGUAGUCAUAAUGGUACUUCUAAGGAUCUUUAUAUUAGUGUAUAUAAAAUAGUUUGCAUAUACAAAUAUAAUAUAUAAUCUGUUUGAAAUAUUCUGGAAUGGUAGGGGCUGUGAAGCAUAUUAUAAUUUAUGGAAAUAUUGUACACAGUAAACAGACCUCUGUCAGUACACGAAUGAACUUUUGUCAUAUGCAUGAGAAAUGUCUUAUUUGGUGACUACUAAUGAAUGGGAUUUUGUUGACCCAUUUUUGUUAGAUAACCACUUUAACAAAUAUUAUUAAAUGCCACUUUGAUCAGUUUGCUUUAGUGUAAAAAUACAUAUUUUGUUCCAAUUACUUUAAAGCAAUAUGAAAAUAACUUUUGUAUGAAGAUUUGUUCCAAACUCAGUGGUGGCAAACAUAUCUGGUAAUUGAAUGUGGUACACUACGCUCAUUCCUCCCCCAGCCUUUCUUUUGUUGAAAGCGAAUAAGGCUAUAUCAUUAAUGCUAUGAACAUAAAGAAGUUGGGUCGUAAAAUACCCUGUCUUAUACGCCUCUGCAAAAAGGCAUGGUAUAUCAAGUGUGUUUUGAUUAGGCUAUAAAUUUCACUCCUUUUCCAAGACUUAUCAGCUCCCAAAAUAACGCUGUCUCUUAACUGUUACUGUGUUUCUUUUUUUGAGUGUCAAAUCUAAGCUGAGCUGUGGUUGCUUCUGUUGUACAAUGGAGUCAUUUGUGAAGGGCAGGGAAUGAUGGGUGUCCGUGAAGAUGAAGUACUGGCAGCACUUUCUGAGAAAUGCUUACCAAAUUGUUUAAUUUUGUAUAGCUGGAAAACCAGAGGUUGCUGCACAGAAACUAACAGCAGAAUUUUUAAGUAGAGCAUUUCCUCUCAGGACUUUAAGAGGCAAACAGAUACAGCCUGAAACCAGGUGAAGUACCUCUCUCUAAGAUGAUUUCAUUCAAACACUUCCAGCUCCUUCCACCCCCAUUAAAAGAAAAGUGGAAAUGGAUGUGGAGAGCACUUAUGUAGCAUUAAAAAUGUGUGAAGUUACCUGGAAAGAAUUCUGUCUCCUUUCUACUCCUUGUACACAUAGGGGAAGCCAUUUCAUUAUUCUAGGAUGAUUUUAUUGCUUUUAAUUUGUAAAAUUUAUGCUUUGUAUGCUUGAGUAUAAGCUUAAAAGCAUUACUUUAAAAAGUCCUUGACUGGUAGAUGAGUGUUGCUUGACCUGCUUCAAAUCACUUUCUGUCCAAAUUCAUCAUGAAGCUUAUUAAAUUGAGUUGGAGCGUGA